AUCACUACCGCUCAAAACCCGCUGUCCCCAAAAUUCACUCUCUCUCUCUCUCUCUCUCUCCAAAAUUUUCAGCUUUGGAAACUUGCACGAAACUCGGAAACUGGGAAGCCCAAAAAAGGCCAAAAUUGCAGAGGGAAACGAUCGCAAACCCUAGCAGUUAAGAGAGAGAAAGCAGGGUUUGCCGAUCAGAAAAUGUCGGCCCUCUGAUUCGCAUACAUUUUUACUGAUCCUCUCUGGAAUCUUCUGAGCUUGGAAAGUUUUUCAUCAUGGUUGCUACCAUUGCCGGAUCUGCAUUCUUUCCGGUUGCUUCUGAAUCUGGUGCGAAUGCAUCCAACAAGCUUGGAGCAGCGCCAACAACGGUAGACGCACUUGGGAUUAAGUCCAAGUCUGGUUCUAAUGGGCGUUUGAAGGUGAAGGCCAGUGCACAGGCGCCUUCCAAGGUUAACGGAACCAAAGUUGGUAUUAUGGAAGGCCUAAGGGGUGAAACUGAGACACCAUCGCAUGCCCCAAGGACUUUUAUCAACACAUUGCCGGAUUGGAGUAUGCUUCUUGCUGCUAUCACGACGAUGUUUUUGGCUGCGGAGAAGCAAUGGAUGAUGCUUGAUUGGAAGCCGAGGCGCCCUGACAUGCUUGUGGACCCAUUUGGUUUGGGAAAAAUUGUUCAGGAUGGUCUUGUUUUCCGUCAAAACUUCUCUAUCAGAUCCUAUGAAAUAGGGGCUGAUCGGACUGCAUCUAUAGAGACAUUAAUGAAUCAUUUGCAGGAAACAGCCCUUAACCACGUGAAGACUGCAGGUCUUCUAGGUGAUGGGUUUGGUUCAACGCCAGAGAUGUGCAAAAAGAACCUCAUUUGGGUGGUGACCAAGAUGCAGGUUUUGGUAGAUCGCUAUCCUACCUGGGGUGAUGUUGUACAAGUAGACACUUGGGUUGAUGCAUCUGGAAAGAAUGGUAUGCGGCGUGAUUGGCUUGUCCGUGACUUUAAAACAGGGGAUAUUCUGACAAGAGCUUCCAGUGUCUGGGUUAUGAUGAAUAAAAAGACACGGAGGUUAUCAAAAAUUCCAGAUGAAGUUCGACAGGAGAUAGGUCCUUAUUUUGUUGAUUCACCUCCUGUUUUGGAUGAUGACAGCAGAAAAUUACCAAAACUCGAUGAACACACAGCAGAUUAUGUCCGUUCUGGUUUAACUCCAAAAUGGAGUGAUUUAGAUGUCAACCAGCAUGUUAACAAUGUGAAAUACAUUGGCUGGAUUCUUGAGAGUGCACCACAGCCAAUCGUGGAGAGUCAUGAGCUUUGUGGGAUGACUCUGGAGUACAGGAGGGAGUGUGGGAGGGACAGCGUGCUGCAGUCCCUCACUGCUGCAUCAGGUGGUGGUGUUACUGGAUUGGCAGAUUCCGGCUAUAUGGAGUGCCGGCAUUUGCUUCGACUCGAGGGUGGGGCUGAGAUUGUGAAGGGAAGAACCGAAUGGCGGCCCAAGCAUGCCGGAAGCCUUGGGAGCCUUAGUCAGCUUCCGGCAGAAAGCCUUAGUCAGCUUCCGGCAGAAAGCGUUUAAUUGUCUGAAGUAAUUCAUUGAUGGAGUGGAUUAUGUUGUCUGUCUCAUGCUAUUCGUCGCAAAUGCCUGUAUAAAAUCCUACUUGAGUUCCCGGAUUGAUGUGGUUUUUUGUUCCGCAAUAUAUUCUUUCUGAUCUGUAUUCUUAUUUGGAGAAUAGAGGAAAUUUGUAAGCCCGAUUGUAAGUAGACCCCGGUGUACUCUCUCUCUCUGUCUCUCUGAGCUGUGUCUGAAGUUAAAAGCUUGAUUGUCUUCUCGGAUAGUGAACUCAUGCAGUUUAUCUAUUUUUGAUGGCUAUUCUUUAUUAUUUAUUUAUA